AUGGCCGAUUCGACCAAACAUUCGUCCCGUCUCACUCGCCGCAAGGUCCUCAUUUUCGGAGGAACCUCUGGGUUGGGAUAUGGAGCUGCGGAAGCAUGUAUCGAGAAUGGAAUGACUGUUGUGAUAGCCUCUUCAUCUGAAGCCAAGAUCAACACGUCCAUCGAGCGGAUCUUGGAAUCGUAUCCGUCGGCAAGAGACCAAGUCUCGGGUCAUGUCUGUGACAUUGGAAACCGAACGACCUUAGAAGACAACAUCGUCGGGCUCUUUGAGAAAAUUGGCAAAGUGGACCAUAUCAUCUACACCGCCGGCAGCCCGCUCGAUACGGUGACCCUGCCUCUCGAACAGAUCACUGUCGACUCCGCUAUCGAGUCCCACAUAAUCCGUUACUUCGCUCCCAUGAUCUUGGGCAAGCACGCAAAGAAGUACCUCUCCCCAGGACCGUACAGCUCUAUCACCUUCACCUCCGGUACCAUUGCGCUACGCCCUAGAAUAGGCUGGGUCCUCGCAAACGGAGUCAUGGCUGCCGUGGAAGGCCUCACGAAAGCUUUGGCACUUGAGCUUGCGCCUAUUCGUGUCAACAUCGUUCAACCAGGGGCUGUCGGCACCGAGAUGUGGGAUAUCCUUGGCGAGGAAGCGGUCAAAGGCUUGAAAGCUAGUGUCGAGACAAAUGCGCCCACAAAGCGCCUGGCCCAGCCUGAGGAUAUUGCUGAGUCGUAUAUCUAUACUUUGAGGGAUAUCAAUCUGACGGGUGCGGUGAUUAAGACGGACAGUGGAGCUGACCUCAAAUGA